AUGAUUUCUCGGUCUCGCGCGUUCCAGUCACUUGCAAGUAGAGCUCUAGUGUACUUGAAGAAUAGAUCAGCCACAGCGGCAGCAUUUAGCACUGUACCUAGCGUAUCGAGCGGUGGUGACAACAGCAAGUCCUUUCACGCACUAAGUGAGCUGCAGAAGAUCGAGAUCUUGUCUGCUGUCAAGUCGUUGAAAAACUACAAAAGGAGCUCAACCGAGGUCAAUGAACGGAGAAGAAAAUUGUUUGGCUUGUUGAAUUCGAAACAGCAGAAACUCGCCAAGGAUGCCGGGUAUUUGGAAAAAUUGGACUCUAUAGACGACGGGAUCGCUUCCAAUUACAAGCUCAUCAACGAUGCUGCCGACUACACCGUCAAAAAAUAUGGCAUAUCCCAGGACGACUUUAAUUUGCUCGAGAAGCAAGAGAAACCAAGCACAGCUAGCGGUAGCAACUACCGAGUGAUUGAGGCAUUGGGCCAUUAUACAAGGGACUGGACUCCCGGCCAUGUUGGGCUUGAAUUGUUGCCAGUUUUCGAAUACGUGGCCUCGCAGUUGGAGUUGCUCAUUGAGUACCAGCAGAAAAAGGACACGGCGUUGGUGUUUCCUGGAAGCGGACUAGGCAGAUUGGCGUAUGAGUUCAGUAAAGGCGGCUACGGGGCAGUGUUUGCCAUUGAAAGUUCCGGUUUGAUGAACUCACUAGUCGACUUCAACUAUUCCGAGCUCCCCCCAACGACGCAAAAGGAAAACCAGGCCUAUACUAUCUACCCUCACAUCCACACGAAUUCAGAUUUUUACAACACCCAAUCGCAAUUGAGGACUUUUGAAUACAAGCCCGUUGGAAGCAGCCACAAACCUGACGCGUUGGUCAAUGUCAAUGGCGAUUUCUUAAACUUUGAAAUCCCGGCGAGAAAAAAGUACAAGAAUAUAGUUGUUGUAUCAGUGUUCUUUUUGGACACAGCCGAGAACUUGAUUGCGUAUUUGGACAAGAUCAGCGAAUUGAGCACGCCUGGAGACGGCGUUGAACGUGGCUAUUGGAUCAACGCGGGUCCCUUGAAAUACGGCUCAGCAGCUCAAGUGGAAUUGAACGCCGACGAGUUGGCUUUUGUGCGUGAUAACAUGGGUUGGGUUACCGCGAGCUCAGUCUAUAGUGUCUAUGAUCCGUUAUCCUUGGGCAACAAGACCGGGUUGGUGGGAUACUUGACCGAUAAGGAGAGUAUGUGGCAAGGCUACUACGGCUUGAAUCUUUUCACGAGUUCAAGAAAAGAAAAUAAAUCGUAUAGAGACCCCAACAUCUAG